AUGCUUCAGAUCAAGAGAGGCAAGGUGGAUGGAUAUUUUCAUCCCUCAGGUGCUGGACAGCAAUGUUGUUAUGAAAAAAGUGGAAACCUGUUGGUGGGUGCCCCAGGAGGAGGCUCAGUUGACAAAGUUUCCCCACAAAAUUUUCUGGGCCAUUUCCUAGAAGAUGUCCUUCCUGCUUUUCUCUGCUGCUUUGGACCGCUUAGUAAUUGUGAUGCUUAUUAUCAGAAGCGUCCUUCCGACAAUGGAGAAGGAUAUAACCCACCCAAUCCUGCAUGUGUCUAUGGAGAUCCCCACAUUGUGACUCUGGAUGGAUUUAAGUACACCUUUAACGGCAAGGGAGAGUACCUGAUAGCUCAAGUGGAUGACAUCUUCUCAUUUCAGGGACGAAUGACCCAAGCUGUGAAUCCUCAGGGAGACCCAGUUGGAGCUUCUGUCUUCUCCGCUGUUGCUAUGAGCGACGGUUCUAGUAUAAUCCAGUUUCAAAUUGGUUUUUCCGAUGACCCUGAUGCUCUUAUAAAUGGAACAUUUAUCGAUUUUACUGAAGUGUCUCUUCAACAGUUCAAUGGAGUGGCUGUCGAAAAAGAUGGAAAUAAACUUUUUGCGAGAUUCAAUAGCGGAGCGUAUAUUGAAGUCAGAGAAGAGAAUGGUUUCUUAUCAAUUCUGUUAGUGAGUUUUCCCAUUUUAUGGAAAGGACGAACCCAAGGGUUAAUAGGAAACUACAAUGGGGACACAGCUGAUGACCUCACACCAUGUACCGGGAAUCCCCUUUCACUGGAUGCGGACUUGAAGACCAUCCAUGAAAUGUUUGGAGUCACGUGGAGUAUUAACAGGCCACAAGACAGUCUUUUCACAUAUCCUGAGGGUGAGAGCUGGGCUAACUACACCUUCCCGAACUUUGAACCGACAUUCGAGGUAGUAUUUUCUAAUUCAUCCUUAGAGCAGGAAGCAGAUGACCUCUGUGGGGAUGACUUUUUCUGUCGGUUUGAUAUAGCCACGACUGAAAACACCAUGGUCGGACUCUUGACCCUGUAUGUGAUCCACCAUGCCUCAACGGGGCUUGCAUUGCCACAAAUACCUGCAGCUGCUCCGUCAGCUACACUGGGGUCAGGUGUGACGCGUCCCUCGUGA